CUUUAAAGUAGAUAAAUACCCAAGGUCCAACUCUAAUCAGAUUAUCUGACCAGUAUCUAAUCUUUUCAGUAUCUCAUAACUCUUAUCGACAAAUCCAACCUCUUUUGACCCAAUUGACCCAUCCUCACUUAUACACAAUGGCUUCUCAUCACGUUCUUCUUCUUGGCGGCCACGGCAAAAUCGCCCAGCUUCUCACUCCUCUCCUUCUCAAGCGUUCGUGGACUGUAACCAGCGUCAUCCGAACUUCUGAACAGACCCCUGCCAUCGAAAAACUUGGUGCCGGCCUCCCCGGUAAACUCAAUGUCCUAGUACGUAGCAUUGAGGAUGUCACAUCCCAGGAUAAGGCCUUGAGUAUCUUGAAUGAAGUCAAGCCCGAUUAUAUUGCUUGGAGUGCUGGUGCCGGAGGUAAAGGUGGCGCAGAAAGAACUUUCAAGGUGGACCGAGAUGCCGCCGUUCACUUCAUCAAUGCCGCAGCAUCUGUACCCACCAUCACCAAGUUCCUUCUUAUCUCAUACCUAGCUUCUCGUCGAUCUGGUGCUUCAUGGUGGCCUGCCGGCGAGUGGGAUGAGUACAAUGAAAAGGUCAACAACGGCGUAUUGGCAAACUACUACAAGGCCAAGAUCGAGGCCGAUGAGACCCUCUACAAGGUCUCCAAGAAGAGUCCUACUCUUGUUGGCAUCGAUCUGAGACCUGGAACUCUGACUGAUGACCCAGCCACCAAAGUUGAGUUUGGCAAAACCAAGAGCAUCGCUAAGAACGGUGUUAGCCGUGAGGCUGUUGCUGAGGUUGCCUCACAUCUUCUCGCUGCCGACGGUGUCAAGAACGGCUGGUAUGAUCUACUCGAUGGUGAUGAGGAUAUUCCAGCUGCUGUCGAAAGAGUUGUGCGAGAGAACGUGGAUGCUGCUGAGGGCGAGGCCAUCUAUGAUGCCUGAAGGUUGUCUGCCUGCAAAAACAUCAUGGCCAUAUAAUAUUUAAGUCAUAAGGCAUUUUGAAUUAAUAAUGAUACAUCGCAGCUGAUGCUAUCCACGCUUGUACCCC